UUUCACAUUAACAACAAAUGGCCAUUGAAGUUAACAUUACCCUUCGAAACAAGAAGGGACCUCACAUCACACCACAGCACCGAAAAAAAAGUCAAGCCCAUCAAUCUUUCAACUCAUUAUACAAUUAAGUAUCAAGAAACGGGGGUAAAAGGCACAGCUCUCUCUCCCCCAUUCCAUUUUCUCUGA